GGAGCCGCCGGACGUAAUGCGGCAGCCGCGGACCUUGAUUCUUGCACCCCCCAAACUGGAGACAAUGGAUUAAAGAGGAUUUUAAAAGAGGGGGAAGUGGGGAGAAAAGACAGAGAGAGAGAAGAGAGGAGAGAACGAGAGAGAGCCCGCAUGGGAGGAAUCAUGAAUUCCAGCGCUGAAACGAAGAAGCCACCCCUGGCCCCCAAGCCCAAGUUUUUGGUAGGAAGUAAGCCCAUACCACCUCCUAUUGCACCCAAGCCAGAUGUCCUGGCUUCUAAUGUCCUCCUUUCAACAAGGACCUCCAAACCUGCCAUAGCUCCCAAGCCAAAAGUCCCAAAGGGCUCACCGCUUCCUGAUACCAGGCAGUUCCCAUCCAGGAAAAAUCUUUUUCCCUUGGAAGAGCAUAAACAGGAAUCAUCUGAACAUUCCGACAAGCUUAAAUGUCAGAAUGGUGAAGAAAAGAGAACUUCUUAUAUUGUGCCAGUGUAUUCGUCAAAUACGGAGUGUAUCUUGAACCUUGGGAAAGGAGGCAAUUCAUAUGUUAAACACAUCGUUUUAGAGCAUCUUGAAACUCUUGAAAACUUAGAAAACAUCGACAUUGGGGACCCUCUGUCAGUUCCAAAAGCUAAGAAAAAGUGUGAUGCUCAAAGUGAAAAUGUGGGAAAUAGGAAUCGAGUAAUUUUAAAAGCCAGUCUUUUAGAAGAGAAACUGAAAGACGUUUUUUUUACACCAUCUGAGUCCUCCCGUGCAGGUUCCCCUUUGCAGCACAAAUCUACCGACAGCCUGGAAAUGGAUGGGAGUUGUGAUGCCAACAGGCAGUUCAACAUUGAAAUUGUGACUUUAUCAGAGUCUCUCUCUGGUUUAGAAGAGGCCAUUCCACAGGCCCAAAACUGCUGCGUGAAGUUUCCUGGGGACGGGACCCAAAUGCUUGAAACUAGUCAGGAUGAGUCAGAAGCCAGCAUUAAUGGUAUAACUUGCUCAUCUGAGCAAGAAGCUAUGGAAAACGGUCAGGUAAACAGUGUUGCAGAGGGAAGCAGUCAGAAAUCAGAGGUCGAGGACAUUGCUCCCUCAGGAAAGUCCUUGGAGCCUUAUAACAAAAUCUUUCCAACCCCAAAGCCCAGGAUGCCCCGGACUACUCGUCUAAUUCGACAAGGGUUUGUAGAUACUCCAAGUGAAAGUAUGGAAGAACUAUCUCAUUCACAGAGUGACUCUUCUCCUCUUAUUGAACAACAUGUUAAAAAAUCAGAUCAAACUGCUCUUUUAGGGACAGACAUUUUGUGUAACCAUGAACCUGUUGAGAAUGAAGAACAGGGAAACAAAAAUGAAUUGAUGCCAGAUUCUGGGAACAGAAAAUGCCCAAACCUAACAGCCUGUGAUGGCCAAGAUGUAGCCAUUUAUCAAAAUGUGUUUCUUGAAGCUUCUCAUAAGGUUAAAAUUGAUGAGGAUCUCCUAUCUACAGAUUUUAACUUCCAUCCCGAAGGUAACACAGUAGAUGAGGCUACUAUAUCCCCGAACAUGGAUAGAAGGAUUGGUUUUACAAAAUGUAAUAAGCAAUCGAUGAGUCUACCAACACAUCUAAAACCAACAUAUAGCCAGCAUUUGCCUGCUCCCAGUCAACCUGGUGACUCUCCAUCUAAAACUCACCAAGAAGCUGCUAUUAGUGGUGAAAGUCCUAUAAAAGUUGCCCCCAAAAAACCUCAGAGACACAGCUUGCCAGCUGCUGGACGUCUUAAGAAAGCCGCCUCUGAGGAACUCUUAGAAAAUAGUUCUUACCCUUCUGAUAAGAGUUCAGAGGGGAUUCUGGGCAAAACUUGUCUUAGGCAUUUGGCUGCCAAAGAGCAUGGUAUGUCAUCUUCCUUUGAUGUGCCCAAAUUUAUCAAAACUUCAGAAAAGCCAGUAUGGAAAUUACCUCAUCCUAUUCUUCCCUUUCCAGGGAACCAAGAAUCUUUAAAGUCCACCAACCUGUCUUCCAACAGUGAGGUCUUCCCUUCCCUCACCAAGCCUAGAGCAAAGUCAUUGUCAGCCAUGGACAUGGAUAGAUGCAAUAAGCCUUGUAAAGACCCUCAAAAGAAAAAUUCUCUGAAGAAGUUGCUUAACAUGAAAUUGUCUAUCUGUUUCAUGAAGAGUGACUUUCAGAGGUUUUUGUCAAAGGGUAGCCAGGUUGGAGAGGCAACCCCAGGCCGCCCUUCCAGUAGGGAAGGCAGAGGAAUUGAUAAUGGUCAGCAGGGCAUAUCCUCUGUGGAUGAAAAGAGGGGCAAGCCAGUUAAGGCAUAUUCUGCAGAAACACACAGCCCAGCAUCCCACAAGAAAAGGAGGAUGUAUCGGAGUCAAGUGGACCUCCCUAAUGGUCCUAAAGCAGAAUCUUUGGAUGACCAGAUGCUCUCCAGGGAAGGGAUGCCAUCAACCCCUUUUAAUUCUGGAGCAAGUAACUGUGCCCCAGAGUAUGAAAAUAUCUGUCGCUAUGAGGAAACCCCAGAGUAUGAGAAUUUGCCAUUUACCAUGGCUACAAGAAGAACUCCAGAUUCUGAGUGGCAAAAUACCGAUGUCCUGGAAGACAGUGAUGCAAAUGUAUAUGAGAUAGAAGAUCCAUAUGUAGCCUUAAAUAGCCAACUCCAGCAAGCACCAGGGCCUCUGCAUUCCAGACUCUCCCAAGAUGAUCAGGGUGAUCUAGACCUUACAUUGGGUGACCUUCCCUCUGAUGAGGAAGAAGCAGUCAACAGCUCUGACGAGGAUGCCAGUUCUGAUUCCAGCAAAGGGGAGCCUGAUUCCCUAGAAGACAAGCAGGGUAAAGGAACUGGAAAGAGAAGCAAAGUUUACCAUAUUGCCAAGGAGAUUAUGAGCUCCGAAAAAGUGUUUGUGGACGUGUUGAAACUUUUGCAUAUCGAUUUCCGGGAUGCAGUGGCCCAGGCCUCCAGGCAGCUUGGAAAGCCAGUGAUUGAGGACAGAAUCCUGAAUCAGAUCCUGUACUACUUGCCUCAGCUAUAUGAACUCAAUCGUGAUCUUUUGAAGGAAUUGGAAGAAAGGAUGCUGAAUUGGACUGAGCAGCAGAGAAUGGCAGAUAUAUUUGUAAAGAAGGGCCCGUACCUAAAAAUGUAUUCCACAUACAUAAAGGAAUUUGACAAGAAUGUAGCUCUUCUGGAUGAGCAGUGUAAGAAGAAUCCUGGUUUUGCUGCUGUGGUUAAAGAUUUUGAGAUGAGCCCAAGGUGCGCAAACCUGGCGAUUAGACACUACCUGCUCAAACCCGUCCAGAGGAUCCCCCAGUACAGGCUGCUUUUGACAGAUUAUUUGAAGAAUCUUUUGGAAGACUCUGCAGAUUACAGGGAUACUCAAGGCCAGCCCUCGUCCUGCGACUUUGUUGUGGCGGGGCCGUACCUCCUUGGAGGCCAGCAACCCGGCCAUAAUGACUGCCGACACAGACAGAGCAUUUGGGAGACGGUGAAGUCCUUUCCUUACAUCAGCCCCUUGAUGGAGAUUGUCUGUCAAGCUUGUUCUUCAAAUAAAUAUGGCUUAGAUUAUCUGAAAAACCAGCCUGCAAGAGUCUGCGAACACUGCUUCAGAGAACUACAGAAACUAGAUCACCAGAAUUCACCCAAGAUGGGGUCCCCAGCAAAUCACAAAUCUCCUUCAAGUGCCUUGUCUUCAGUCUUGCAUAGUAUUCCAUCUGGAAGGAAACAAAAAAAAAUCCCAGCUGCCCUCAAAGAAGUGUCAGCAAACACAGAAGACUCGACCAUGAGUGGCUACCUGUACAGGUCAAAGGGCAGUAAGAAACCAUGGAAACAUUUUUGGUUUGUGAUUAAAAAUAAAGUGCUCUACACGUACGCUGCAAGUGAGGAUGUUGCAGCCUUGGAAAGCCAGCCUCUAUUGGGCUUUACUGUCACUGAAGUUCAGGAUGAAAAUUCACAGUCUAAAGUGUUCCAGCUACUGCAUAAGAAUGUACUAUUUUACAUGUUCAAAGCGGAUGAUGCCCAUUCAGCUCAGAAGUGGAUAGAAGCAUUUCAGGAAGGCACAGUGCUGUAGCAGCAUCUGUCUCACCUCUUUUUUAUGGUUCCAGAGGACUUGAAUUUCACCAGAAGUCAUGAAAUGCAGGAAAGAGAUUUUUAUCAAUGUGCACUGCCAAGAAAAAAAUCCGUCUCGGCUGUAUGUUUAUCUGACUUAGGAAAUUGUCUUGUAGGCGUGUUAAUAAUUCUUUAAAGAUUGUAUA